CCGAGGCAAGGCGCCUCCACAAACACACCGCUCUUCAACAACAGACGAACUCUUUUUUUUUCUUUCUUUUUUUUUGCACGCACCGUCUGAAAGCCAGCUAGCUGCAAGCGUCUUCGGCCCGAAGGGCAAUGUCCGGCCAUGGCGCUCUCGCCGAAGCGCUCAGCCUCAGGCACCACGCGCCUCCUACGACAACGACAUCAACGUCCCCUCCGAACAAGGAACAGCUGUACACCCGGCCCAGGCAUCAGAUUAAACGAUCGAUCACGGAACUGUCGGCACCGAUACGGAAACACAGGCACAGCCACUCGCUCAGCCGGCGGAACGAUGACAAGGCAUCCAUACCUCAAUCGGCCGCCCCCAUGAUGCAGCCGGGGAUGCUCCAGGCCCGGCCGUCGUUUGACGGCCCGCGGUCGGAGGGUGUCACCCCAUACAAUCUCAGUCCCAACCCCAGCCGGAGGCCUAGUAUCAUGGGCGGGGUUGGAGAUGACGGUGCGCCGGGUUCUCGUAUGCCCAUCUCAUCCGCGGCCACGCCGGAGCGGAAGCUGGUGAGACAUGAGGAUCCGGCCGUAGAGCGGGCAAAAGCACUGGCUACAACUAGAGCUCUCAAGACAGUCGCGGGAGACCUUGAAUCCUUGUCUUCAGAUGCGUCCCGUCGCCUCGAAGACACCUACUCAUCUAUUUCCGACAAGCUGGACACCCUGCAACGCACAGUCGCGGACCUCCAAGAGCUCACCGGCAUGUGGCGAGAGGGCAGCACGGCGUUUGCCCAGGAGGCUAGGGACCUGGUCGAUGAUGUAAACAACCAGAUAGAAGGGCUCGGCACGUACGAGCCACAGCGGGCUCGCAUAGAGACCCUGCAGUCACGCAUCCACGACGGCCGCGAGCGCAUCCAGGGCCUCAGCCACAGGGUAGAGGCCGUGAGGGAGCGGAUCGACGGCUGGGAGCGCGCGGACAGGGAAUGGCAGGAGAGGACGCGCCGUCGGCUCAGGACGGGAUGGAUCGUCAUGUCGGUGCUGGCGCUGGCGUUCCUCCUGCUGUGGGUCUUUGUGGCAACCGUGGUGCCGGAGGAUGUACUCGAUGCGGUGGAGGCCACCCCGACCACGGAACCCCCACCGUGGGUGCAGAAGGCUUUGGAAGAAGGGACCGUGCCGGAACCGCAUGAGAUCGGGGCCGCGGCGGGAGAUGGUGUCACUGCGGGAGAUCGACUGCUCAGGGCGCUUGAUCAUGCUCUCGAAGAUUCGCGAAACGGAUCUGACGAGGGGCUGAGGGUGUUUGAUGAAUUGUGAAUUACUGUAGUAUUCUUUGUAUUGUAUCCCUUCCAUAAUUGCCUGCUGGUCUACAUAUGCCUUAGCGCGGAUCUUAAUUGCAC